AUGGAAUUGGUGGUAGGUGCUUCAGAAGCUACCAUGAAAUCUCUCCUGGGCAAGCUGGGUGGCCUUCUUGCCCAGGAGUAUACUCUGAUCAGGGGGGUUCGUCGUGACAUCCAGUACAUCACCGAUGAGCUUUCCAGUAUGCAGGCCUUCCUUCGUGACCUUAGCAGUGCACCCGAUGGCCAAGACAGCCGGAUGAAGGACUGGAUGAAGCAAAUCCGUGACAUCGCCUACGACUGUGAAGACUGCAUAGAUAACUUUGCUCACCGCCUCCCUGAUGAUUCCUUCAGUGAUGUCAGGUGUUCCUUCAUAGCCCUAAGAAUAAAUGAAAUCUUGUCAUGGUGGCCACGCCGUGCAAUUGCUUCCAAUAUUGCAGACCUCAAGGUACGGGCGCAACAAAUUGCUGAAAGACGCAGUAGAUACGGAGUGAACAACCCAAGCAAUGCCAAUGGCAGCAGCUCUGGAGCUCGUGCUGCUACAUAUGACAUUGCUGAGCAUCAGCUUGCUAGCCGUCAGCUGAUCGGUAUGAAGGAUCCUGUGGGGUUGAUGACUGACAUGGAGAGUCUUGAGAAGUGGGUAAACAAACCUGAUGCAGGGCGGGCAGUUCUGUCCAUUGUCGGAUUUGGGGGUGUGGGGAAGACCACUAUUGCCACAGCACUGUACCGCAAAGUCAGUAAUAUAUUUGACUGCCGGGCAUUUGUUACUGUGUCCCAGAAUUAUGACCAGGAUGCAGUCCUCAAGAGUAUGCUGAAUCAAGUCAUGCCACAGGACAGAGGUCAUGAGCAGCAUGGCACUGGGAUAGAAAACUUGGAGGAGAAGAACCUAGCCGCACAGAUUAGAAGCAGAUUGAAGCGAACUGUGCCACUGACCAGAGUCUACAGUCUGCAAGGCAAUUACAGGAGUUCUGAGACCAAGCAAAUCAGGCCAGAAACAAUGGACCAUGAUCAACUUGUUGAAGAACUGAAAAGGCGCCUGACUGAAAAGAGGUAUCUCCUCUUAAUUGACGAUAUAUGGUCUGCAAAAACAUGGGAGAGUAUCAGGAUUUGUUUGCCAGAAAAUAAUAAAGGCAGUAGAAUAAUAGUGACAACAAGAUUUCAGGCUGUUGGUGCGACGUGCUCGCAAAGAGACGGAAUUGAUCUUCUGCAUACAGUUGAUUUUCUCAAUGUUGAUGACUCGAAGAGGUUGUUUGAUCAAAGUGUUUCUGAAUCCCGAAGCAACAGACAUGGCGAGAAAGUGGAGGACCAAGUCCCUGAGGAGAUAUGGAAAAUAUGUGGGGGGUUGCCUCUGGCCAUAGUCACCAUUGCUGGUCUUGUCGCUUGCAAUCCAAGUAAGAGUGAAGUUUGUAAAUCACUAUUUCCUGCAGUAGAUCGUCUUACUCUGGAUGGUGUUUCGAGGAUACUUGAUUGUUGCUACAAUGAUUUGCCUGGAGAUCUCAAGACCUGCACAUUGUAUUUGAGCAUAUUUCCAAAGGGUUGGAAAAUUAGCAGGAAGCGUUUGACCCGACGAUGGAUAGCUGAAGGUUUUGUUAGUGAGAAGCAAGGUUUGACGGAGGAGGAAGUUGCAGAAACCUACUUUAAUCAGCUCAUGAGAAGGAAGAUAAUACGCCCUGUGGAGCACUGCAGCGAUGGGAAGGUAAAAACCUUUCAAGUUCAUGACAUGGUUCUUGAAUACAUCGUAUCCAAGUCAAGUGAAGAGAAUUUUAUUACUGUUGUUGGUGGCCACUGGAUGAUGCCAGCACCUAGAAAUAAAGUCCGUAGGCUAUCCAUGCAGAGCAGUGGUUCCAAGCAUGGAACUUCAACCAAAGGCAUAAACUUGUGUCAGGUGAGGUCACUGACUGUUUUUGGGGGUCUGAACCAACUGCCUUUCCGUUCAUUCAACAAUGGAAUAAUACAAGUGCUUGAUCUUGAGGGCUGGAAGGGUUUGAAAGAAAAACAUUUGAAUGACAUAUGUAAGAUGCUAGUACUGAAGUAUUUAAGCCUACGGCAAACGGAGAUUGCUAAAAUUCCCUCAAAUAUUGGGAAGCUCGAGUAUUUAGAAACUCUGGACAUAAGGGAGACGAAUGUUGGAGAGCUGCCUAGAUCUGUAGGACAGCUUAAACGGAUUAGCAGCAUACUUGGUGGGAAUAAGAACCCACAGAAGGGGUUGAGGCUGCCUCAGGAGAAAGGUAAGGACCCAAGAAAAAGUAUGUUGCCACAGGAGAAAAGAAAGGACGGAAUGAAAGCACUCCGUGUACUGUCUGGGAUUGAGAUUGUUGGGGAAUCAACAGCUGUAGCAGGCCUUCAUCAGUUGACGGGGCUAAGGAAGCUUGCUAUUUACAAACUUAGCAUACAGAAGGACGGUGACACUUUCAAAGAACUACGAUCAUCUAUUGAGUACCUUUGUAGUUGUGGUCUGCAGAUUCUUGCAAUCAACGACGAGAGCUCAGAUUUUAUCAACUCAUUGGACUCCAUGUCUUCACCUCCAAUAUACCUCAUCGCCCUUGAGCUAUCUGGAAAGUUGGAAAGGCCCCCGCAGUGGAUCUCAAAGCUCCACUCUCUCAAUAAGUUAACCCUAUCUGUGACAGUUCUCCGGACUGAUAGUCUAGAGCUCCUCCGCACUCUAUCUUCGUUGUUUUCUCUUACCUUUUCACUGAGUGCAGCAAAACAGGAUCAGGAGAUAGAGGACAUUCUUGAGAAGAAUAAGGCACAAUCGGAUGGAGAAAUCUUUAUUCCAUUCGGAUUCCCGAGCCUUAAGUUGCUUCGCUUAUUCACACCUCUUGUACCAAAGAUGGGCUUUUCUGAAAAUGCAAUGCCAGCACUUGAGAUUAUUGAGAUGCGAUUUGAAGCCUUUGAAGGUCUACUUGGCAUUGACACCCUUGAAAAACUCCAAGAGGUGCAUCUCAGAGUUAAUGAUCAAACAGACGAAAUAACCGAGCUCCUAGUAGAGGAUUUGAAGAAUAACAGCAAUGGACUGAAGGUAAUUGUUGAUCAUAUCGUCACGGCUUGA